AUGGAUUCCGUCUCUAGAACGUUCCACGGGCUUCGCUGGAGCUUAUCCAGAUCCUUCAGAACUUCUCGCCGUGGUGCUAAGCCGAGGGAGCCGCCUCUGGCGGAGAAGCAGUCUGUCUUGGGCCCUAACGUCCAUGUCUUUCCAGCACCUCGAUUAGAGAACACCACCAAAUAUUCGCCGAACAGAUACCUCAUCUACGACGCGGACUCGCGUCCGGACACGGGAUCGGAAAAUUCGCCUGGCUCGGUGCCGCUACAUAAGCCUAUGAAGUUCUUCUACCAGAUCCUUACAACCCCGACCGCCGAUACUCCCGGUACCUCCAUCCUCCUCAACUUCCCCGAGAAACGGUACCUUUUUGGUCACGUAUCCGAGGGCACGCAAAGAGCGUUUACGGAGAAUGGCGUCAGGCACUCCUACCUGUCUGAAAUCUUCAUCACCGGGCGGAUUGAGUGGGCCAAUACUGGAGGACUGCUAGGCGUGGUUCUGACUCUGGCAGACUCCCACGCCAGUUCCACCGCCGCGCUGGAGGAUCAGGAAAGAGAGAAAGAGGCUCGUCGCCAGGCGCAGAAGAAGUCCGAGUCAGCGACUACACAGCUGCAGGCGGCAACGAUCAAGGAUGGCUCGCCCGAGUCGUCGCACGAGCCGACGCACGAGCAGAGGACCGCUUUGACGAUUCAUGGUGGAAGGAACAUUGCGCACACUGUGGCAACUGCGCGAAGGUUUAUCUUUCGGAAAGGGUUACCGCUGUAUACGAAGGAGUAUGGGCCGGACACUCCGUUGCCUCGGGAUGUCAACGAGAAGGGCGACCCCUUCGAACAGCCUACGUGGUCGGAUAACCACAUUAAAGUGUGGGUAAUGCCGGUUAUGCCCACCUCUGCGAACCCCGCGGGCGUACCACAGAGCCAGCCAAAGAGCCCGAGGAAGAGAAGUCUGGACGAAUUCGAGGAGCGGACCUCCGACACCGACACGCUUGACCAGCGUGUUAAAGACCAGCUGAUGCGUGAAAGUGUGGUGACCAACAUGUUCAACUCAACGUGGCAGCUGGAUUCACUGGUCGAGAUGCCUUUGUCUAGCGUCCGAAUGCCCGCGACCAUUUUCGUCCGGAAUCCCGAGACCAAAGACCUUGAGCGGUAUACUGGCCCAAUGCCCGGGGGCGAUGAGCCCCUUCCUGAUAUCAAGGUCUUUGUUCGACUUCCAUGGCCAGGAGCACUGAUCGAGAAGCUUCCACCGACGAGUCGAGCAGAGGAGGCGAUUUCCUAUGUCGUCCGGAAUCAUGACCUGAGAGGGAAAUUCGAUCCUAAGAAAGCGCAGGAGCUGAAAGUGCGCAGGGGACCAGACUAUGCCAAGCUCACAAAAGGAGAGAGCGUGCAAUCGGAGGAUGGCAAGACGAUCACCCCUGACAUGGUUCUUGGACCUCCGCGGCCUGGCAAGGCAACUGCCAUCAUCGAUCUGCCGUCGCCAGACUACGUUGAAAACCUGGUCUCCCGUCCCGAGUGGCAAUCACCAGCGGUUACGAAAGGCUUGGAAGUCUUCAUUUGGAUUCUGGGUCCUGGCGUGGGAGAGCAUCCGCGACUCCAGGAGUUUGUUGCGCGCAUGUCCCACUGCAAACACAUCGUGUCCAGCACCGAUUACUGCCCCAACUACUUGGCUUUGCAGAGUGCAGCUGGCUCAUCGAUCCGCCUUGCCAGGCUCAACAGUGACAACUUCUCUGUGCCAGUUCAUGACAACGUGACACUGCCGCAAGAGGGGACGCCUACGGCCGGUUCCAAGAGCGUCAUCGAGGCUCUCAAGAAUUCACCACUCGAGCCAGCGGAGCGUGGUUUGAUUAUUGACAUGGAGCCGAAUUUUGGGUUGAAUCGCUCUGAGGUGCCACCUUUCUUCAACCCAGAAAAGGCAAUGCAGCGGAUUCCCCGCGCGGUUGAGAAGCGCGUCUCCACAAUCAAGCACCGGAUGAAGAAGCCUGCAUUCCAGCAGAGGCUCAAGGAGCUACGUCAGGAUCUCCCUGGUGCAGAGGCAGAGAUCAUCCCGUUGGGCACCGGGUCUUCGGCCCCGUCCAAGUACCGCAACGUCUCUUCGACCCUGCUGAAGGUGCCGGGCUACGGCUACUACUUGCUGGAUUGUGGUGAAAACACGCUGGGACAGAUGAAGCGGGUGUUUCGCCCUGACCAGCUGCGAGAGGUGCUGCAGAAUCUCCGCAUGAUCUGGAUCAGCCAUCUGCACGCAGACCAUCAUCUGGGCACGGUGUCGGUGAUCAAGGCAUGGUACAAUGAAAACUACCCGGGCCGGACACCCUCGACGGACGUGAUCGAGACCGAUAUGGAGAAGAUUCUGAAGGAGAAGCGCCUCUUUGUGGUGUCGGAGGAGAUGAUGAUUGAGUGGCUUGAGGAGUACGCUGCGGUCGAGAACUACGGUUUUGACAAGCUGGUGCCGCUGGCCGCAAAUCCGGUUAUGGAGCGCGACGGUAGUAUCAAAACGUCGUUUACCUACCGCCACUGUCGUGCAGAUGGAACGUAUGUGGAUUCCCAUUUGCCCGACACGCGCCCUGCCACGACGACGCUGCGCUUCAAUGACCCGUCUUCGCCGCUCAGUCCGCUCCUACGGUCUGCCACCGGGCUUUCUGACCUCCUCACGACCCUAGUGUCGCACUGUCGCGGCGCCAUGGCCGUGUCUCUCGUGUUCCCUGAUGGCUUCAAGGUGUCGUACUCGGGCGACUGUCGGCCGUCUGCCAGUUUUGUCUCCAUUGGGCAGGACUCGACCGUGCUCAUCCACGAGGCGACGUUCCAGGACGACAUGGCAGGGUCAGCCUUCGCCAAGAAACACUCGACCACAAGCGAAGCGCUUGAAGUCGGUCGCCGGAUGCGGGCGCGCAUGAUCAUGCUGACACAUUUCAGUCAACGCUAUCAGAAAAUCGCCCAUCUCGACCCGCAGUCAAAAUCAGUGCAGGCUGAGGAUGUGCCCCAGAUGGCGGGUGGUAUGUACGAUGGUGUGCCCGACGAACCUGAAGAGAGCCCUCGUCUGCGGGACGUAAAGAUGUCGAGCAGCGACGACCUCACCUUGACCAGCCGUCCCCGCUCGGAGUCUUCUCGAGGGCAGCAGCACCAGCUCGGAGCGCCCGUUGCGGCAGCGUUCGAUUACAUGCGCGUCCGGGUGCGGGACAUUCCGGUCGCUCAGAUCUACGCGCCAGCAUUCGAGAAGCUAGUCGACAUCCUAGAACGGGCAUCCGAAGAAGAAACCGAGAAGCUGAAAGAGCAGCGCAAAGCAGAGCAGGCAGCCCAGGCUAAUAACAAGAAGAAGAACAAGAAGAAGUGGGCGCAAGCUGAGGAGGUCGCGCCGGAACCUGAACAGAAGACGGCUCCUCCGAAGGCGAAAGAGCAUUCUGUAUGGAGUGCCAGCGAGUCGGAGAGUGGGUGGACGACGAAUGAGAGUGAUGCUAUUGUUUACUUUGAUUAA